GUUAACUAAAUACUGGUACUAAUAACUUUCUUUUCAUUUAUUUAUUUUCUUUUUCUCAAUUUUGAGUUUGUUUAAUCUUCUCUGCCGUACCACAAAGUGGUGGGUGUGGGUAGGUAUUCCUGUGGAUGCACAGUGCAGACUGAACAAACAAACAAAGCGAAGAUCCCUAUGAAUAUUGUUUCGAUUUCUGGAUCAAGCUCCAAUUUUGAACAAGACCCAGACACCCUUUUCCCCGAAUUGAAGUAGAACCCAUCCAUCCAGCUCAGAAUUGUUUAUUUGUUUAAGAAAGGAAUCUGCUUGAGAUUAGAGGUGGGAAUUGGGGAAAGGUGGGAUAUGGAAGAGGAAGAGGAUCAAUUCUACGAAACUCGUGAGGAAUUGUGUUCUGUGUCUGAUGGGGGUUCGGAUUGUUCUGAAUCAGAUGAAUCUAGUUCUGGUAAUAACGGACAUGUUACUAGGUACCAGGUUUGGGCACAAAACCUUGAAAGUGUUCACCAGAGACGCCUCAAUUUCCUGAGAUGGAUGGGUUUGGAGUCUGAUUUGAAUUAUUCAAUGAAGGGGGAGGAGUUGGGAGAUCAACCUUGUGGGAUUGACCGAAUCACUGCAACAAGUGGGGCAGUGCUGAGAACUUCUUUUGCUAUUGAGGAGGGUCUUCCCUCAACCUCAAACCAGAUUGUGUUGGAUUCCUUGUCUGAUGAGGCCUCCGGCUCGCAAGAAAAUCGUGAAAAUUUGGCGUGUAUGAUAAGGAAUUUGGAUGAUGGAACGGAGUAUAUUGUGGAUAAGCUGGGUCAGGAUGGAGCUCCUAGCACACUGCGUGUUUUGGGUUCGAACCAAUUGAUUAGCUUAGAGGAGUUUCAGAAAAAUAUUGGGCCAUCGUCGUUCAUUCGCAGACAUUUGCAGAGAGACACUGAAAACACAAGGUUGUUGGGAGUUGGGAAAAGGAAAAUGAAGAGGGGUUGGCUAAGGAAACUGGAUUCUAUUGCUUGUUUUGUUCAUAAUCAUGGGUUUGAUGAAACUAAAUGCAAAGACUGUGAUUCAGUGGAUAGGAGUGGGAUACAAAGAGUUCGAGUUCAUUCGUAUAGGAAGCGGUUUAAGGAGCUUUCCUCCCUUUACACCGAACAGGAGUUUAAAGCACAUAAAGGUGUUAUUUUGACAAUGAAGUUCAGUCUUGAUGGAAAAUAUCUGGCUAGUGGUGGUGAAGAUGGUAUGGUACGUGUGUGGAAGGUGAUUGAGGAUGAGAGAUCAAGUGAAUUGGACAUUCUGGACAAUGAUCCGUCAAAUAUAUAUUUCAAAAUAAAUAAUUUUUCAUGCGUUGCUCCCCUUGAUGUAGAUAAAGAGAAGUUAGUUAAAACAGAGAAGUUGAGGAGAUCAUCUGAAGCAACCUGUGUGAUUGUCCCACCAAAGACCUUCCGCAUAUCAGCAAAACCUUUGCAUGAGUUCCAAGGGCACAGUAGUGACAUUAUAGACCUUGCUUGGUCCAAAAGAGGGUUUCUACUGUCAUCCUCUGUUGAUAAGACAGUGCGCCUAUGGCAUGUAGGAAUCGACAGAUGUCUUAGAGUUUUCUACCACAAUAAUUAUGUUACAUGUGUCAAUUUCAAUCCUGUCAAUGAUAAUUUUUUCAUCAGUGGUUCAAUUGAUGGAAAAGUGCGCAUAUGGGAAGUUGUUCACUGUAGGGUUAGUGAUUACAUUGAUAUCAGAGAGAUAGUCACAGCUGUGUGCUUCCGCCCUGAUGGAAAGGGCACAAUUGUGGGUACCAUGGCAGGCAAUUGCCGUUUCUAUGAUAUCGUAGAUAAUCAUCUGCAAUUGGAUGCUCAGUUGUGUUUACGAGGCAAAAAGAAGACAUCAGGGAAAAAGAUCACUGGCUUUCAGUUUUCACCUAGUGACCCAAGCAAACUAUUGGUUGCUUCUGCUGAUUCACAUGUCUGUAUACUUUCUGGAGUUGAUGUAAUCUACAAAUUCAAGGGUCUAAGAAGUGCAGGUCAAAUGCAUGCUUCAUUCACCACCGACGGGAAACAUAUCAUCUCAGUUAGCGAGGAUUCAAAUGUAUGUAUAUGGAAUUACACUGGCCAAGAUAGAAAUACCUCCAAAGCAAAGAAAAUUUGGUCUUCAGAGAGUUUUCUCUCCCACAACGCAGCCAUCGCUGUACCUUGGUGUGGCAUUGAAUCAAUGCCAGGAACACUCUUAUCCCCAUCGCUAGGAGAGGAUGUAAAUCAGAGGUGUUCUCUGCCUUCUCCUGAUUGCUUCUUCUUGAGUCGCGGAUUUCUGUCUGAGUUGAUCCCAAAGGUUUCUGCAACAUGGCCCGAGGAGACUCUUGUGGACUCAUCGUGUCAAACUCAAACUGUUGUUUCUCCUACAAUGUGUAAAUCAGAGUACAAAUUCUUGAGAAGUGCUUGCAAGGGAAUGUCUAAUUCUCACUUGUGGGGCCAAGUAAUUGUGACAGCAGGAUGGGAUGGAUACAUAAGAGUGUACCAGAAUUAUGGAUUACCCGUUCGUGGCUGAAACCAAAGUUUAGGCUCAUUUGUUGGGGAAUUAUAAGGUUAUUUGCUAUGCUCACAUAGCAUUAGAGGGUUCUUGGAUACAAUAGAAUUUGCUUCAAUGCAAAACUUCAUUGUUUUCAAGCAUAAUAGUAUAGCAGCCAGGGAAAUUCUUCAGUAGCUGAUUGGUGAUUGCCCUCACAUAAUAAUAUUCUUUAUACUAAGUCGAUAUCAAUUAUAUGAUUCUUUUAAUUUUUAAGGACUGUUGGUUGAAAGAAUGUAAGUUUCAGUUUUGCUGAUGGUCCUGGGCGAAAUGUAAUUCAUGAUCAUUUGUAUAUACAGAGGACUGUAUUCUAUAUUAAUUUAAUACAAGAAUUUUUUGUUCGCACGAUCUGAAUGCGGGAAAGUGCAUAA